AUGGUCAAGGAACAGUUUAAAGAUCUUGAUGUUGCAAAGAAAUUAAGCCAUGUUACCUUUGGAUUAUUUUCUUCUAAUGAUGUCCAAAGGCAGGCACAUAUUCGUGUUGUCAGUAAAAAUUUGUAUGGAGAAGAUACGCAACGAAGCCCAGUGUCCUAUGGCGUACUAGAUCGUCGUAUGGGUACCAGCUCUAAAAAUAAAUCGUGUGAAACAUGUAGGAAAGGAUUGGCCGAUUGUGUUGGACAUUAUGGAUAUCUUGAUUUAGCCCUCCCUGUCUUCCAUUGUGGUUUCUACAAAGCUACUAUAACCAUUUUACAAUGUAUAUGCAAGAAAUGCAGCAGAGUUUUAUUAUCGCCUGCAGAUUACGAUCAAAAUUUGCAAAUAGCCACACGCACUCGCCUUGGAUUGCAAUCUCGUAAAGCUUUACAAAAGAAAGUACACGAAAAAUGUCGUAAAAUGGCUGUAUGCCCUAGCUGUGGUGCUAUAAAUGGCAUUGUAAAGAAAGCUGGUUCAUUUAAAAUAAUUCACGAAAAGCACAGGCUGAACAAAAAAUUAUCUAGCAUUGCAAUUAGCCAAACUCAGGAUUUAUUGCAAGAUGCCGUAGAAAGCAAUAAAGAUCUUGAAAAUUUCGUCGCUAGCAAGUCACAAGAAAUAUUAAAUCCGUUAUUAGUACUGAAAUUAUUUAGUGGUAUGAGCGAUGAGGACUGCUUACUUGUUGGUAUGAAACCUAACAAUGGAAGGCCUGAAGAUCUCAUUAUAGAGCGAUUACUGGUUCCACCAUUAUGUAUCAGGCCAUCUGUUAUGACCGAUUCACAAAUGGGAAGUAAUGAGGAUGAUUUGACAAUGAAAUUGACUGAAAUUAUACUUAUAAGUGAUUAUAUUAACCGCUCUCGUCAAAAUGGAGCUAAAAUUCAGAUUUUAAUGGAACUAUGGGAUAACUUACAAAUACACGUUUCCCUUUACAUAAAUAGUGAAACUAGUGGUUUACCUUACGGAUCUCAGCCCAAUCGACCGAUUAGAGGUUUUUGCCAACGCCUGAAAGGUAAAUCUGGGCGCUUUCGCGGAAAUUUAUCUGGUAAAAGGGUUGAUUAUUCAACACGUACGGUUAUUUCACCUGAUCCUAAUUUGCGUAUAGACGAGGUCGCUAUACCUUAUCCGGUGGCAAUGACUUUAACAUAUCCGCAAAAGGUUUGUCGAGCUAACAUAAGAUUUCUAAAGAAAUUAAUUUUAAAUGGAGCUGAUAAGCAUCCAGGAGCUAAUUUUGUCAUGGAAGAAAAAACGAAGCUAAGAAAGUAUUUGAAGUACGGAAAUCGUGGAAAAAUUGCAAAAGAUUUGAAGGCUAAAAUUAUGCCUAAUCGCACAUUUCGAUUCAACGAAUGCGUCUGUACACCAUUUAAUGCGGAUUUUGAUGGCGAUGAGAUGAAUAUCCAUUUACCUCAAACAGAAGAAGCGAGGGCUGAAGCACUCGUACUUAUGCAGAGUAAAUCGAACAUGGUUACUCCUAGAAGCGGAGAGCCUCUAAUAGCCGCUAUUCAAGAUUUUAUAACAGGUGCUUACCUACUUACCCAAAAGGAUGUAUUCCUUGACCGAGCAAAGGUAUCCCAAUUUUGCUCCAGUAUGCUAGAUUCUCGUACUGCAAGUACUGAGAUAGAUUUACCGGUCCCAUCUAUCAUCAAGCCCGUUCAAUUGUGGACUGGUAAACAGGUUAUUAGUGCUUUACUAUCACCGCUUGACGUGGUAUUUGCUUUCUGUGUGUUAUUAGAUGUAGUAUUUCAUAAUGGUGAACACAUUUGCGGAGUGCUUGAUAAGAGUACUUUGGGCUCCGGCUCUCGAAGUAAUCGCGGAUUUUCUAUCGGAAUUAGUGAUGUAACGCCAGAAAUUAAUGUUAUUAAUGGUAAAAGAGAGCUAGUAAAGAAUGGGUAUGAUAAAUGUGAUCAGCAUAUUCAAGAUUUUAAAGAUGGUAGACUCCAUAAUCAACCUGGAUUUACAGCAGACGAAACUCUAGAAGCAGUUAUUUUAAGAGAACUAUCGGUUAUUAGAGAAGAUGCAGGUAAGAUAUGCUUGAAAGAAUUACAUCCUUCAAAUGCUCCUUUAACUAUGGCUCUGUGUGGUUCGAAGGGUUCAAACAUCAAUAUAUCACAGAUGAUAAGUUGUGUCGGCCAACAAGCCGUUAGUGGACGCAGAAUCCCGAACGGAUUUGAGAAUCGUGCUCUACCUUACUUUGAUAGAGAUUCCAAAGUUCCAGCUGCAAAAGGCUUCGUUGAAAAUAGUUUUUAUUCCGGACUAGAGCCUACUGAAUUUUUUUUUCAUACUAUGGCUGGACGUGAAGGUUUAGUGGAUACGGCUGUCAAAACGGCAGAAACAGGAUAUUUACAGAGACGACUAAUAAAGUCACUGGAAGACUUAGCUAUCCGAUAUGAUACCACAGUGCGUAACUCGGUGGGUGGAAUUGUACAGUUUAAGUAUGGGCAUGAUGGUCUCGAUCCGAGUUUAAUGGAAAGCAAAGAUCAGCCUAUAGAUUAUAAUCAUUUACUUUAUCAUAUAAAGGCUGUAUCAUACUUUCUUAGGAACUAUAUUAAUCGUAUAGCAUCAAAACAACCUCAAAAUCGAAAAUAUGGGCCUCAUACACCGAUUCUAGAUCAUCAUAUAACUGAAAUCCAAUUAAAGCAAUUUAUACAGUCUUGUGGUAACAAAUAUGUGAGAGCUAAAAUUGAACCCGGGACCGCUGUUGGCGCGAUUGCCGCACAAAGCAUAGGCGAACCUGGAACGCAAAUGACUUUGAAAACAUUUCACUUUGCUGGUGUUGCUGCCAUGAAUAUCCUUUGA